AUGCCUGUCUGUCCAGAUGCCAGGCGCUCACCCGCGGCUUCCCUAAAAGCCUGGUGCUUGCGGCUGAAUAGUGCCUGCCGACGCGACGUGCAGAGAAUCCUGCCUGCCCCGCGCGGCUCGGCGGCGGGCCCGGGAGGAGGGGCGCGGCGGGGCGCGGGGCUCCGCCUGAGGCUCGGGGACGCACACCCAAGGCCUCGGCACGCUCGGUCUCUGGGGUCCCCGGAGCCCCGGGGCCCUGGAGCGCCGGGGAGUCUGGGGCGAGACGGGGCCCUGGAAGUCGGGCUCCCUAGGGUCACAGCCGAGUGCAGGCUCUCCGGGCCUCCCGGGCCGGAGGUGGCGGGCGAGUCCCGUCCCGGCUCAGACAAGCUUCCUCGCCACCUUCCGGACAAAGUGUCAAGUACAAGUUCAAGUUCAGGGGCAGGCCCCAGGAGGGAGGGGUGGGGGAGCCGUCCCCAGCUGCCUUUGUUCUCCCAGAUAAGCGCUCCCACGUCCCCCUCCCGGGCGGGGCCCGACGGAUACCCCCGCCCCGCCCCGCGGUGCCCCGCAGCAGCCGCCUCCUCCCGCCCGCGCCGUGGCUGUGCUGGGGUCCGGGCGACCCUGCUCAGGGCCACCGAAGGUUCUGCCGGCUCGGGCGCGGCGGGGGUCGGGGGGUGCGCAGUCCGAGCCCGUGGGAGCCUCCCCGGCCCCGCAGUCCCAGCAGCAAACUGCGCUUGGUCGGACGGAUGCCGGUGCGGAGGGAAGCUGAGAGAAAGCAUGUCUUUGGAGCCUGGAAACCUGGAGGUCAUUUCUGAGCAUGAAAUCCCGAAAGUCUUAAGCUUUAAAGUCUUAAAACCCUGCUCUCAGCACCCGGUACAGAAGGUUCCAGAGAAGAAACUAAAUGGGCUCUUCAGUUCCAGAGCCCCAGUGGCACCAUCCAAACUUGGAAAAGGAAUUGCGUUGAUCGGCAGAGAAGUAAUUUCAUCAAAACUAGGCUGCAUGCAGGAGAGGCCACGGGCGAAGAAUGCAGGACUGCAUUCCACAGAGGCACGGCCGUACUGCAGGGAGGGUGUGGCCACUCGUGUGUGGGGCACCGAGACUGUCCGGUUCUCUAGGAGAUGUGCCACGCAGCGGUGCAGGGCAGAAAGUCCUCCACUCGCCCGUUCCCAUAGGCUGCUGCAGACUCGGCGUUGUUUUUAAUUCUCCAGCCUUGGGAGUGAACCAUUUAGUUCAGAGGCCUUGGCCUUGUGCCCUCCCGCACCCCACGGCAUCCCUGAUUCCCAAGGUGCGGACCUUGUGUGGGCUCGCAGAGGUCUUCGGAGGCUGUGCCCAGUGGUUUUCUUCACUUUAGAAGGCAGCAAAUGUGUUUUAAAGGAUGGAGCCACUGCCAAGCCCUGGCUUAUUCUGGUAUAUCUUGAAGAGAGAGUCGUUAAGACCUGACAAGGAAGCUCACACCUUUAAUUCCAGCACUCAGGAGGCAGAGGCAGGCAAAUCUUGGAGUUCAAGCCAAGUCUGGUCUACAGAGUGAGUUCUAGGACAGUCUGGGCCUCACAGAGAAACCCUGUCUUAAAGAGCAAAAACAAACAGAAAGAGCCACCCGGCAAGGGCAUCGAGGUGAGCUGUGAGAGGAGCCGUGGAGCCAAGGAUGUCUGUGGUAGUGUUUGUUGUCUAGACCUCAGCAUCAUCUUGCUUCCAGAGCCACAUCAUGGCAAAGGUGACAGGCAGGCUCUGGCUGCAUUGAGGACUGCUGAACGGACCUGGUACGGCUCCUCAGGUCCUUCUGCCCUCUGGCACUCGUGACACUCCUUGUCUCAAGCGAGGAAACAUGUCACAGAUGUGAAGGGAGUGGCCCCAGGUCACACAGCUGGAGAGUCACCACUCCAGCUCCGAAGAAACGUGUGAGACCACUGACUGUACCUCCAGCCGAGGCUGAUCCUGGAACCUGACGGCCUGGGUGCAAUCCCAACUCUGCCAGGUGCCGACAGCCUCUCACCAGAAAGAGGCAGAGAGUGGUGACAAUGGUCCACCCGGCUAGCAUCGCUGUGGAGACUGAAGGAGAGAAUUGUGUGACGGACUUGGCAUUGUGCUGCUGUUAUCUCUACUGUUCUCGCUGCUCUACGUCUGAGCUCCUCCCCUGACCAUGGCGGGCAAGUCCAGAGGGUGGAGAGAAAGGCCGAGAAUCUCGGGCCUCAUCAUCCUCCAAGUGCAGGGGCAGAGAGGGCCAGGGACAGAGGAGGGGGCCGCGUGACUGCCUGGGCUGCUGAGCAAUUUACUGGAGGAGCUCAUUUGGCAACUCUGAUUCCAAGUUAAUUAAAGAUGGCCACCGGGGGUCAUUGCCAUGGUAACAAUUAGGCCAGAAAGAAGCCUCAUUAAGGUGCGGUUUUAACUAGGCCAGACGUUUUUAACCUAAGAUCUCUGGGAAAGGGAACUAGCUCGACUCCCUUCUCUCCUCGUUCUCAUCCAUUUCCAGGUGGCUCUGGCUGAGGAAGAAGGCAGAGGGUGAGUCCUGGGCUGAGCCCCUCUGAGUCCCAGCAGGCCGACAGGUUUCUCUGGGACACUCACCCUGUCUCUGGAAGGACCUGGUGGGCAGAGGGUGGAGGCUGGGAGGCCAGGGCAGCCAGAGAGGAAGGGGAUUUUGUUCAGAGUGGCACAGGAAUCUUUUUCCGUAAUUCGGACGUGUGGACUCAUCACCCAUUCUGCUUCCCAAAUUGAGUGGGGUGAGGGGUGCAGAGGAUGAGAGGCUGAGACACAUGAAGCUAAUUCUUCUGUGCUGAACUGAGAAAGGGUGAAAGCUUAAAGCCUGUCUCAGUGCACAGCAUUGCAAUGUGUUUGAGCCAGGCAUGGUGGUACCCGUCUCAUGUCUCAGCACUGAGGCAGGAGGAUCACAGCGACACCCAGGCCAGCCUUGGCCGCAUAGUGAGACCCCGUUUCACAGCAACACCCAGGCCAGCCUCGGCUGCACAGUGAGACCCCGUUUCACAGCAAAACCCAGGCCAGCCUCGGCUGCACAGUGAGACCCGUUUCACAGAAACACCCAGGCCAGCCUCGGCCGCACAGUGAGACCCUGUUUCACAGGGGUGGGGUGGGGUUGUGGGGACGGAGACUGGUGAGAUGGUUCAGCCGUUAAUAUGCUGCUCUUGCAGCAGAUCUGCCCGGGCUUGGUUCCCAAACCCACAUGGCAAUUACAAUGCCCAUAACUCCAAUUCCAGGGGACCUGGUGCCAUUUUCUUCUGAUCUCUAUGGGCACCAUACAUGCCUACAGUGCAUUUGCAUACAUGCAGGUGAAAUUCUCAUACACAUAAAAUAAUGCUCUCAUCCACUGAGAGAUGGCUCAGUGGAUGAGAGCAUUGGCUGCUCUUCCAGAGGACCUGGGUUUAAUUCCUAUCUGGCACUCACAAUGGUCUUUAACUCUAGUUCUCCUACCUUCUGCUGGCCUCCACAGACACUGCUGGGUUGUGAUGCACAGGCAUUCACAGAGGCCAAACAUCAAUGCACAUAACAAUAAGUAGGUAAAUAUUUUUAAAACUUAAGGGGUUGGUGGAAUUGGCUAAAUCCAUAAAGAGCUUUCCAUAUAAGCAUGAGGACCUGAGUUAGGGUCUGUAGACCCAUGUAAGAAGUCAGGUGUGUUGAUGGACAUCUGUAAUCCCAGGUGUACUGAUGGACAUCUGUAAUCCCAGGUGUGCUGAUAGACAUCUGUAAUCCCAGGUGUGCUGAUGGACAUCUGUAAUCCCAGGUGUGUUGAUGGACAUCUGCAAUCCCAGGUGUGUUGAUGGACAUCUGUAAUCCCAGGUGUGUUGAUGGACAUCUGUAAUCCCAGGUGUGUUGAUGGACAUCAAUCCCAAUGCUGGGUAGACAGACAGAUACAGCUCUGAAGCUCACUAACCAAUAAAUAUAACUGAACCCA